AUGUCGACAACAUCACCACAAAAGCGCAGAGCGCAGACGUUCAUGCGUACAACACGGUCCAUGGCGCGCAUCCCGGAUGCUGUAGACUUUGGGGAGAGAUCGUCAUCAACACGGCUCUUCUCAACGCGCCCAGCCGCUGCGCCGUCAUCCUCGUCACAAGCACCGAGCCUCUCGCCCCGCAAGGCGCGAGCCAGCCAAGCGAUGCAAGUCGAGUCCUUUGACCCCGAUUCACCAAACACGAGCCUGACCGCAUGUAUGGAGAGUCCCAAGAAGGGCCGCUUCGACGACUUUGAGUUCGAGCUGGAGAACAGUAACCCGGAAGUGCCGACGAGGCGCAGGAGGAUCGCACCGCCGAGGGAAUCGUCUACUUCGCCAUCGGCAAGUGUGGGUCUGCCGCGGUCGAAGACGUCGGCUACCCUCGCUAGAAGCGGUGAAGCUGGGGAGAACACGCUUCGGGCCAGCCGUAAGGAGAACUCUCCCACGGCGCAGACGGAAGAGCUCCGUGUCGGUGCCAGUCCGGUCAAACCACAGACGGCUCUUCCGCGAGGAUCGAGGCUACACGGUCCAACACCUUCGCUCCGCACGUCGUCUUCGGCAGCACCAUCGGAUGUAACCAGCACUCGCCCAGUCAAGGCAGAGGAUGCCUCAGCAUCGGCCCACCCUCUUGCAAGCGUACCUUCGAGCGACCGCCUCCUCUUCGGCACCUCCGACGUCAAGCUCGGCUCCAACACGGAGCGCAAUCCUUUCACCGAAGCUCGCAAAACCAACAGUCUGGCCAUGCUCGGGGAGCAGCGACAUUCGCCCGUCAAGCGCUUCCAGGCCAAAUCCGCAUUCAUCAUCUCGUCACCAGAUCGACCCGACCGCAAACCCAUCAACCUGCUCGAGCUCAAGCCUUCGCCAGGCAAAGCGCAGCGCGGCAUCUUCCGACACAACUCGGCGGUUGAUGAGGAAGACGACGAUGACUGGGAUAUGUCUGCGGACAACACGGCAGACAACACGGCAGACGAGAUUAGGCUUGUCAAGGGUCCUGGACCAAGGAGGCAAGAAGCGCCGUCGAAGCGGGAGAAGUUACCUUCUUCGUCGGGCUCAGUUGCUUCCGAGUCCUCUUCCGCGAGCAGCAGGACACAGAGCCUGCCUCGCUCGACAACGACGAUCGACGUGAAGCACAAGCUGUCCACAGAAACAUCCGACGCACUCGCCAGUCUCGAAGCCUCGCUCGCCAAGCUCAAGGCCAAGACCCGCGAACCACCUUCCAGCAUGGCCGCCAUGAUCAAGAAGAAAGACGACAGUAGCCACACCGAUUCGACUCUCAAACGUGAGCUUGGUGGUGGCGCCCGACCGUUCGGAAUGACCUCGAGUCGCACGCAGAUCUUCCGCAAACCCCCCGUUUCCGGCAGCGAGUCGUCCUUCAGCAUUCGUUCGUCCGUAGCAGACCAGAGCAGCGACAGCAGCGUCUUCAAGCGCCCCUCUGGUCGUGUAUCCGCGCUGGCCAAGUCGCGCGAGUCGAGCUCCGAGUUUCGAGCCUCGUCCAACGGAUCGCUGGUGUCGUCCAAGUCGAUGAUGUCGUUUGGCGCGCCGAGGUUGCCAGGCUACAGCGAGCUUGGUGGUCGACCAACGGCGCAACCCGUGAUGAUGAGCUCGCGCACGUCGAGCUUGGAAGUCGCAUCGAGCGACUCGAGGGUCGAGGAGGAGGCUGCGCAGGAGGAAGAGCAGGCACGGGUGGCCGAAGCGAAGAGACAAGCAGAGCUUAAGGCAGCAAAGCGGAGAUCGAUGACUCCGGCCUUGUCGAGUGGUAUGCCUCCUCCUGCGGUGAGGAGGGAGGCGGAGCCUGCAAGACCAUCGACUACGCAGAGGCGAGAGCCGGAACCUGUAAGGUCAUCUGCUGGGGCAAGCGCCAGGAUCAUCGGCGCUCGCUCGUCCUCUUCGCACGCCCCUUCCUCGUUGUCCUCGUCAUCGCAAGCAACAGCACCAACCGCCGAGCCGACCGAAGCUGAGCUCGCCGAGGCCCGCAAAGCAGCCAAAGCGGCGCGACGUCGCUCGCUCUACACGUACGUGCCCGCCAAGCGCGACGACGUCGACGGCGACCGUUCCGUCGGCAACGUUUCCUCGGGCCUCGUCGUCACCGACGCCUCUGCCCCCGCGCCGCGCAAAGCACGCUUCCUGCGCGGACUGACCGUGCUGGUCGACGUGCGCGAUCAAGACGGCGAAGACGCGUCCGCGUGCUGGAUCGACAUGCUCAAGAACGCCGGUGCCAAGGUGAUGGUGAGGUUUGGAGAGAGGAAGUUGACGCACAUCGUGUACAAAAGCGGUCGACCGAGCACGCUUCACUCGUACAGAGCGCUGGAGGAUCCCAAGCCACAUGUGGUGGGCAUCAAGUGGGUCGUGGCGUGUCUGGAGCAGGGACAGAAGGCGGAAGAGAGCCCGUACCUCGUUGAGGUCGCUAAGCAGGCCAUCUUUGCUACACGACGACGCUCGUUGAUGGCGCCCAAACAGAUGCCUUCAUCCGCCAGCAUCAUUCGGGAGCUGCCAGAGGAAAAGCUCAAGGACGUCGAAGAGGCGCGCAGGAGGCUACUAGCCCAUGCACCGGCAGUAUCGAGCCCGCUCCGACGUCGCAUCAGUUCUCGUACGAUUCUAGCCAGCCGAUUGGCGCAAACCUCGCUCACUUCUUCGCCUUCGCGCUCGGAUGCUCAAAGCGAUGACAGCACUCGAGCUUCGGCAACGGAUCAAGCAGGUUGCCCCGACAAGGAUGACCCGACGGACGAAGCUUUGUUGGAGGUGUACCGUAAACGAGUGGGGUCGGUGCUGUCACCCCGGACUCCCACUGUCUUGGCUUAG